AAAAUGCCUAAAAAGAAGACUGGUGCAAGGAAGAAAGCUGAGAACCGUCGGGAACGUGAAAAACAGCUCCGAGCAUCAAGAAGCACCAUAGAUUUAGCUAAACACCCAUGUAAUGCUUCAAUGGAAUGUGACAAGUGUCAGAGGCAAAACUAAAUGUAUGAUGAAGUCUUCAGACUGUGUCAUAAAGCACGCUGGUGUUUACAGUACUGGCCUUGCAAUGGUGGGUGCAAUAUGUGACUUUUGUGAAGCUUGGGUUUGCCAUGGAAGGAAAUGUCUCAGCACACAUGCCUGUGCCUGUCCUCUUACAGAUGCCGAGUGUGUUGAGUGUGAACGAGGGGUAUGGGACCAUGGUGGCAGAAUAUUCAGUUGUUCUUUUUGCCAUAACUUUCUCUGUGAAGAUGAUCAAUUUGAGCAUCAAGCCAGCUGCCAGGUUUUAGAGGCAGAAACAUUUAAAUGUGUUUCAUGCAAUCGGCUUGGCCAGCAUUCCUGUCUCCGUUGUAAGGCUUGUUUUUGUGAUGAGCAUACAAGGAGCAAAGUGUUUAAGCAAGAAAAAGGAAAACAGCCUCCCUGCCCUAAAUGUGGACAUGAAACUCAGGAGACAAAAGAUCUCAGCAUGUCAAGUAAGUGUCUUAAAAAUACCACUGCAGGCUGCAUCCAGCAUCAGUAUCUGAGGGCUUAUGAGUAUUUGGUUGACUGGUAUGGGAUCUCAUACAACAUUGUAUCAGGACAGGAGAUCCUCUUUGUAGCAAAGAGGUGCAGGAAUAAGCCCAUGGUCAUGGAACCAGAAACAAGGAGGGAAAUUAUUAUCCUGGCAGAGGUAAUUGACUUUCUUGAUGAUGAGGAAGUGCAGCAAUCCCAGUAUAAGAAGGCAAUG